AUGGCAAGUCGAGCCCGGCUUGGCCGUAUAAAGCAUAGUUGAAUCUCUCCUGGGUUGCUACUACUUUUAUCAGCCCGAGUCCAAGAUAUCAGAUCGCCUACCCCUGAAUAGGUAACACACACGACGACCGUCUAGGAAACAGACGGUUGAUCAACAUGGCCGACCCCCAGUCAUCCUCUUCCUCCUUCACGGUCAAGGAACCGGUCCUAUCCUCCAGCCCAGACGUCGAGUCCCAACAAGGCCGAAACAACCCGUCACACUGGUUCCUGGUCCGCCACCAGGACGGCGUCACCGAUGCGGUCUUGAACCAUACCUACCCCGGCCAGGGCACACCCGAGUCGCCCUACGUUGUCGACUUCCUUCCCCAAGACGGGAGCAACCCGAUGCAGUAUUCGCGGACGAAGAAAUGGACCAUCACCAUGCUUCAAGCCCUAGCUACGCUGGCCGUGGCAUUUGUUAGCACGGCAUACUCGGGCGGCGUCUACGAGAUCAUCCGGUACUUCCACGUAUCGACCAUCGUGGCCAUUCUGGGGGUUUCGUUGUUUGUGCUCGGGUUUGCCAUCGGGCCGUUGCUGUGGGCGCCUCUUAGCGAGUUCCACGGAAGGCAAAUUGUUUUCUUCUUCACUUACUUUGGCCUGGCCGCCUUCAGCGCCGGCGCCGCGGGUGCUCAGAACAUCCAUACCCUCAUCAUCCUGCGCUUCUUCGCCGGCGCGUUUGGCGCGUCACCCCUAACAAACUCGGGUGGUGUCAUCGCCGAUAUGUUCAAUGCAAAGGAGCGUGGUUUGGCAACAAGUGUCUUCGCCAUGGCGCCUUUCCUGGGUCCCACCAUCGGCCCCAUUGCCGGCGGGUUCCUCGGCGAAGCCGAAGGUUGGCGCUGGAUCGAAGGGCUGAUGGCCAUCUUCACGGGUGUUCUCUGGAUUGCAUGCUCACUGUGCGUACCCGAAACCUACGCACCGGUGCUCCUCCGGCGGCGGGCGGCCAAGCUCUCGCAGCUGACGGGGCGGGCGUACACGUCCAAGAUGGACCUCUCCAUCACGGCUACCAAAGCCCAGCAGGUCAAAACAACACUGCUCCGGCCGUGGGCGCUGCUCUUCACCGAGCCCAUCGUCUUCCUCACGUCCAUCUACCUGGCCAUCGUCUACGGCACGCUGUACCUGCUCUUCGCGGCCUUCCCCAUCGUCUUCCAGCUCAACCGCGGCUGGAGCGCGGGCGUGGGCGGGCUGGCCUUCAUCGGCGUCGCCGUGGGCAUGGUCUUCGCCGUCGCCUACUCGAUGUUCGACAACCGGCGCUACGGCCGCGUGGCGGCGGCGUCGCCGGGCGGGCUCGCCCCGCCCGAGGCCCGCCUCCCGCCCGCCAUCAUCGGCUCCGUCCUGCUGCCCGUGGGGCUGUUCUGGUUCGCCUGGACCAACGGGCCCGACGUCCACUGGGUCGUGCCCAUCACCGCGUCGGCCUUCUUCGCCGCCGGCUUGGUCAGCGUGUUCCUUAGUCUGUUGACCUACAUGAUCGACAGCUACACCGUCUUUGCGGCGUCGGUGCUCGCGGCUAACUCGGUUCUGCGCUCCCUCUUUGGUGCUGCCUUCCCGCUUUUCACGACCUACAUGUAUAAUGAUCUCGGCAUCCACUGGGCCAGCACCAUCCCGGCCUUCCUCGCCCUUGUCUGCAUGCCGUUCCCGUGGCUGUUUUGGCGCUAUGGUGCCCGCAUCCGCAGCAAGUGCCGCUAUGCUGCUGAGGCGGCUGCCGUGUUGCAGAAGAUGUUGCAGGCUGCGAAUGAGCAGCAGGAGGGGCAGCAGGGGCAGCAGGCGGCGGCGCCGGUGCCGGUGGUUGGGGAGGAUGGGAGGGUGGAGGUGGUCGGUUUGCCGGUGAAUGAGAGCCCGGCGGUGUUGAGCGAAGACGAAGGGACUGUGGUUGGGGAUGGGGAGGGGGUGAGGGAAAAGCGCAAGUAAUUUGUUAGAGAAGGGGUUUUGGUCAUACUAUGGGGUUAUUCUUUUUCCGUCUUGUUCUUGUUCCCUUCUG